GUGCGCCGCUCGAACCGCGAAAAGAUCCCGCGCCUCGACUACUGGCGCAACGAGCGCAUCAUCUACAAGCGCCGGUCGUCGGGCAUCGGCGUCAACGCCAUCGUGCGCGUGCCCAAGGAGGACCCCGAGCCGCUCGGCGGCGCGCACGGCAAGAAGAAGGGCGGCGCGGGCGGCAAGCGCGGCGCGAGCGCGAGGGCCGGCAGCAGGGGCGGGACGGUCAAGCGCGAGGUGCCCGAGGAGCAGGGCGUCGACGACAUGACGGACCCGGACGGCCUCGUGUGGAGCUGGGAGGGCGACGCCGAGGUCUCGCGCCGUAUCGCCUUCACGGACAAGAUGAUGGACCCGCGCCCGACGUUCGACAAAAAGUUCUCGUACCAGAAGAUCUACCAGGAGCUCGACUACCUCGCCGGCGGCAUCCUCACGAUCCCGCCCAACGGCGAGAAGGCGCUCAAGCCGUCCAAGGACAACUCCUACGUGCGUCGCCUGCUCCCUCUCUUCCUCUCUCUCUCUCUCGCUCGUGUCGACAGUACGAGUCUGACCUCGUUGCACGCCCGCAGAUCUUCUACUGCAUCCAGGGCUCCGUCUCGGUCACGAUCCACCGCACCGUCUUCUCGAUCGGCCCGUGCGUCCCCUCUCUCUCUUUCUCGCCCUCCUUCCUCCUCCCUCCUCGAGCGCAUCUCCUGA